AAGUAGAACUGAUGCAGUUUCAUGAGCCAGGCAUAUCCAACUACUCAGAGCUGCUGCUGAACAAGUACCAGGACAUAUUGUAUGUGGGUGCCCAGGAGGCCAUCUUUGCACUGAAUGCACUCAACAUCUCCCAGAAGCAGCUGGAGGUACACUGGAAGGCCUCAGAUGAGACAAAAGCAGACUGCAUAGAAAAAGGCAGAUCAAAAGAGAAAGAAUGCUUCAACUAUGUUCGAGUGUUGCAGCACUUAACAUAUGAUACCCUGUAUGUGUGUGGGACCAAUGCAUUCAAGCCCACAUGUGACUAUGUGAACUUAACAGCCUUUGACUUUUUGUGGAUAAAGAAAGAUGGCAGAGGAAAAUGUCCCUUUGACCCUACACACACUUAUACAUCUACCAUGGUAGAUGGAGAGCUUUACGCUGGGACCACAUACAAUUUUUUGGGAAGCGAGUUCAUAAUCUCCAGAAACUAUUUCUAUAGUCAUCUGCAAACAGAGUCUGACAUCCCAUGGCUACAUGAGCCUAACUUUGUCCAUGCUGAUGUGAUAAGAAAUAGCCCUUUUGACAACAAGGAUGAUGGUGACAAGGUGUACUUCUUCUUCACUGAAUUGUCUGUGGAGUAUGACUUCCUUCUCAACUUACAGGUCCCCCGCAUUGCAAGAGUGUGUGUGCUCAAGGUCAUUCUUACCAUGUUCCCACAGCUGCUGGAGAAUCUCGAAACCCCUCAGAAUACACAGAACAGCAAGUUUGUCUACGCCAGCUCCAACUCAGGAGUGGUCCAGGUUCCUCUGGCCUUCUGUAGGAAGCACAGCAGCUGUGGGGAGUGUGUGCUGGCGCGGGACCCCUACUGCGCCUGGAGCCCCUCUGAGCAUGCCUGUGUGGCUCUCUCUGAGGCUCUGAACUGCACCAGGAGCCCUGCUACUCAGGAAGAAGCCCAGUUGAAUUUUUCUGACCUAGAGCACAGUAUAAAUGAGUUGGUGAAGUUCAUGAGCUUCUCCCAGCAGAAUGGGAAGCAGUCAGAGCCAGCCCUGGACACCAUCACCAGCAAUGCCUCCACUGACUGA